GGCAGGAAGGGUUUUUAUUUCCACUACUGGGCCUUGUUUGACGGCCACGCAGGCAGUGGUGCUGCUGUCCUGGCAUCCAAGAGGCUCCAUCUGCACAUCUGCGAGCAGCUCCGGGACCUUGUGGACAUCCUGCAGGACCCCUCCCCACCUCCUAUCUGCCUCCCACACGACACGAGGGGCAGCCCCCCAAAGCUGAGUGGGCUGCCCCUCACAGAGGACAACGGGGAGGUCCCGAAUGAUGCUGUGCCACGGUUUCACCUGGAGAAGGCAGUCUCCCACGAGAGCCUGGUGAUUGGUGCCAUCGAGAACGCCUUUAAGCUCAUGGAUGACCAGAUCGAGCGGGAGCGGGCGUCCCAGCACCUGCCCGGGGGCUGCUGUGCCUUGGCUGCCAUCUACCUCAUGGGCAAGUUCUACGUGGCCAACGCCGGUGACAGCAGGGCCAUUAUCAUCCGUAACGGGGAAAUCAUUCCAAUGUCCAGGGAGUUUACUCCAGAGACAGAGAGGCAGAGGCUGCAGUUUUUAGACUUUUUAAGGCCUGAGCUGCUGGGGAAGGAGUUCACCCACCUCGAGUUCCCCCGCAGGAUCCAGCCCAAGGAGCUGGGGAAGAAGAUGCUCUACAGAGACCAAAGCAUGAGUGGCUGGGCUUACAAAAAGAUAGAAGAGGAUGACCUGAAGUUUCCACUUAUCUAUGGGGAAGGCAAAAAGGCUCGGGUGAUGGCCACGAUUGGGGUCACACGGGGCCUGGGAGACCACGACCUCAAGGUGUUCAGCUCCAACAUCCACAUCAAGCCUUUCCUGUCCUGCUCCCCGGAGGUCAGGGUUUACGACCUCACGCAGUACGAGCACUGUCCCGACGACGUUCUGGUCUUGGGCACUGACGGGCUCUGGGAUGUCACCAAUGACCAGGAGGUGGCUGGCGUGGUGAUGGAGGUGCUGACGAGCUAUGAGCCCAACGACCCGUGCAGGUACACCAUGGUGGCCCAGGAGCUGGUGGUGCGGUCCAGGGGCGUGCUGAAGGAGCGGGGCUGGCGGCUGGCCAACGACAAGCUGGGCUCUGGCGAUGACAUCUCUGUCUUUGUGAUCCCUCUGGGCGGCCCGGGCAACUACACGUGA